AUGAGAGAUUCAUCUAGUACAGCAUUAGCACAGGAAUUUCAAUCCCUUUUGGAGGAGCUGGGGAUAGAAGGAGAAAAUAGGAAGGUGCUGCUUGCGCUGCCCACAGAGCAGAAACUCCGUAUGAUAAAUGCACAGAAUAAGUCUAUGCAAAUAUCAGGGAUUGAGAUAGCCAAUCAAUUUAAAAAUAUUAAAAAGCCGUUUUCAAUCUCUUAUAAUAUAACGGACAUUGAGGAAUACAUUAAAGAGAUACGGAUAUUGCGGCUAAAGUUUGUGGAGCUAACAGAGAGAGAGGUAGAGAAGGCAAUUGAAAAGAACCUUCUUGUGGACGUAUGGGGAAUUAUUUCUGCUCUUGCACCAAAGGCAGAGGUGCAGGAUUCUAGGAUGUAUCUUCAGCUGGAAAAUACCAAGCAGAAUAAGCCCAUAUACAGGAUACUAGAGCCCACUGUGAACUUUUUUAAAACUCUGCUGAAGUCUCCUGCUAUAAUAAGAAGUCUUCAGAGUAGUACAAAACUGUUUACAGAGAUAUUCAUGCACUUCCCUUCUGAGUAUGCAGGAAUAUCUACUAUCAUCCUGCAGAUUGCUGCAAAGUGUUCUACUAUUUAUAUGGAUGUAUUUCUAGACUAUUUAUUUAGGUCCUCUAAGCACGAAGUACAUGCCUACUGCAUUCCUGCUUGUGACAUUAGAAUGAAAAGAAUACUUGAUGAGAUCCAUUAUAACUUGACAUUUAGGACGAUUGAUGAAGAGUACGCAAUUGCAUUUUUGCAUCUUUUGGUUGAUUUCUACUCUGAGCCACCUUUGGUUGGUAUUAUGCUGGAUAGUCUGCUGCGAAUGUGCGAUAUAGGACGAGUGCUCAGUAAGAUUGAAAGCACCUUCUGUGGGACAAGAAAGUUAAUUGGUGAAGUAAUUGAGAUGCAGGAGAAGGUGCGCAGCAUGGCAGGUGAGAUUGAUGUGCGCCAAAUUCAAAUGGACACAGAAGACACAAAGAAAGAUCUUACAUAUAUCGUAAAUGUCUUGAGUGUUCUGAACAGAAUAAACAGCAGCCGAAUAUACGAUGUAGUGCAGUACAUCAGAGGAUGUGUUCUGGAGGAAUCUGUCUACAAAAAUAAGGACAUUGCGAAAAUAGAACAAGAAAGAGCCAUUCGAAAGAAAAAGGCAGAGAAAGAAACGUACACGUGCAUAUGCAAGGAUAUUAUAAGAGGGAAGGAAUUGCAGGCACCCAUCUUCCCAUCACCCACUGCAAUAUCCGUAAACUCAACGCAAAAAGAUGGAAAGACAGAAGAAGGCACCAAACAGAAAGAUCCUGAGGCAGUAAGCGUAAGUCUAUCCGAGUCAAAAGCACCUUCUGCCCUUGCUAGAACAAAAGAGAUGAAAACACCAACACCAACAGAAAAAACCACUAGCCAAAGGACAAUGGUAGAGAAUGAAGGAUUCAAUAUCCCAGAUGGAAUACUAACCAAGAUAGAGACAGACUCUCUUGUUAGCAAAAUCAUUAAGAAUAUAACCCGAAUAUCCUUAACUAAAGACCAGUGCAUAUCCUUAAAGAAAGCCAUUGAUGGCCGAGAUGCACUAGUCACAGAGAAAAACCUCCCAGAAGACACGAGCAAAGUACCUAUCUCAACUAGUCCAUCGAAUGGGCCACCCUGCAGGCCACCAGGUGCACCACUUAACAGACCGCCAGUUGCACCAAUUAUUAAACCACCAACUAUGCCUCUGGGUAGACCACCAACUGCACCGAUUAACAGACCGCCAGUUGCACCACUCAACAAACCACCAACUGCACCGAUUAGUAAACCGCCUACCAUGCCUCUAGGUAAACCACCAGUUGCACCACUUAGUAAACCACCAACUAUGCCUCUGGGUAAACCACCAACUGCACCACUCAACAAACCACCCAUCGGAGGAUCUAUGCCAAGUGUUUCAAAAAUGCCUGCACCGCCAAUUAUGAAAAAGCCUUUGAGUGGAGAUUUAGACCCUGGUAGUACUGUGCCCAUUCCUACACAGCCAAAAAUAGGCGUAUGCCCUCCUAUGGGCAUUCCCAAGAAUGAUUUUGCAAAGAAAAGUGAAUCUGUCCCGUCAAAAGAGACAAGUACAGAUGAAACUACUAUCAAUAGUGCAGAGGUAUCUAAGCCUGGACCAAGAGCUUUAUAUAUAGAGCAAGCUGCACUGUUGCAGCCAUCUAAUCCGCAGCAGAUACCUUACGAAGUCCAUAUACGAAAGCCAGGUACAACUGGCCUGUGGAGUGUACUCGACAAAAGCGAAUUAACGAUAUUUAAGAAAGAAGACUUUUCUGCUUUUGAAAGAAAAAAAGUUGAUAAAACCGUUGAAGAAGAAAAGGCCAUAGUGGAUGGGGUAAUUGAUAAAAAAAGAUGCAAGUCCAUUGAUAUUGCGCUUGCAAGAGUUAAGAUCCCUUAUGAAAAGCUAAUUGAGGCAGUGGCAAAUAUCAAUCCAGAGCCAUUUAAUGAAACCCUUAUUUCAGGUCUUCUUAAAAGCUACCCUACUGAUGAAGAAGUCGAGCUCAUACGAAAGCAUCCUGUGCAACUAGCACCUGAAGUUUUCUUUAAAAAGGCAAUUGCAGUGCCUUGGUUUAAAGAUAAGCUAAUGAUCCUCCAUCUAAAAAUAACUCUGCCGAAUAUCCAGAAUGUCCUUCUGCCAAAUGUACAUAAACUGACAGAAGGCUGCCAGCUUCUCCUGCAGGAAAAGAGCAUCCACAAAAUAAUGAGGACAACCCUGGGGAUUAUAAAUAUUCUUAACUCCAAUGGAAGAAACCAAGGUGCCUGGGGUAUUAAGCUUGAGACACUUCCCAGGAUACUUGAGAAUUCAAGUCUUGUUCUCCUUAUACAAGAGAAGAUGAAAAAAGACAGUUUGAAAAUUCAGGCAUGCGUGACUGUGCUAUCAGAUGUAGUAAAAAUAUCAACAGAUAUCAUAGAGACAGACUGCCAGGAGUACUAUAGCAAGAAGGAGCUUAUUGAAACAAUUGAUAUUGCAAAGGAGCAUAAGAAGUCAAUAAGCUCUCUAUUAAAAGAGCUAAACAACUUGCAGGAAGCAUACCUUAAGUGGAGGUCUUCCAUGGAAGAACUUAGGCUGUUCAUGGGCGAGAAGGAGUUCACUGGUGCUAGUCUGCAGAUUCUCUCAAAGUACAUUAUUAACGUACACACAUUCAAAUUACCAAAGAAGUAG